UAAAAGAUUACAUAAUAUAUUGUCUAAAAAGGAAAAAGAUUACAUAAACAAUAGCGAGGCAAAUUAAAGCUGUAAGAUGCCAGGGUUCCGUUCCGACCGCCGAAGCCAAUCGCCCACUCUCUAAAGUACUGACGGAUCUAUCUCAACAAGAAAGUGCCCAACUCCCUCAUCAGAGUUCGUACUGAAGCUGACGGUUUCCCCAGUCAAUUUUCGCGACGGACGGACAACGGUAACGGCAACUCGGCUCCCUCCGGCGAAUCGGCCACACCGCCGCUGCUCUCUUUCCGGCAUCGGCAACUCAGCUAAUUGGUAUUCUAUCUGCCAAUUGGCAGCUCCAAUCCGUAGCUUCUAUUGAUCUAUUCAUCAACCGUACAUGCAGUCCAGGAAAUCCAGAUGUACGGCUAUUAAUCUUGCCGGAUCUAGCUAGGUUUAAGGUAACUCAAACUCUCUCGUAUAAAUUCCGAUCAGGUGAGAUUGCUUCCUCACAACUUCCGAACUCCGCAAACGCUUCGUAGGUUUCCGAAUUCCGAUCGAAACUCCGAUGGACAAGCUCAAUAUUCAAUUCGGUGAGAUAUCGUUUUCUAGCGAUAACGAAGCCGCGUCGGAGAAAGCUACGGUGGUGCAUGCACCAAGAAUCGCACCGACCUACUUGAAUCGGUUGCAAAAGAUGGUUUCCGAUGCGUCGUCGCCGGCGCCGGUGAAUCGCAAUCAAGCUCCGGCGUCAUCUAGGGUUAACUAUAAGGGGUUAUCGGAGGAGGAGAAGAGAGAGCAAACCAAAUUCGCGCAAGUGAAGCGGAAGAAAGAUUUUGUUCACUACGAGAGAGUGGAUGGGAAAAAGGUAAACGUGGUUCAAGGCCUUGAACUACAUACUGGGAUUUUCGAUGCCGAAGAACAGAUGAAGAUUGUUGAGUGUGUUUACCAGUAUCAACAAUUGGGUCAGAAAGGGAAACUCAGAGCUCGAACAUAUUCUGAGCCAAAGAAGUGGAUGCGGGGCAAAGGGCGUGCAACGAUUCAAUUCGGUUGUUGUUACAACUAUGCAGUGGACAAAAAUGGCAAUCCUCCCGGAAUAGUAAGAGAUGAAGAAGUGGAUCCAUUGCCUGCUGUGUUCAAGCAGAUGAUUAAGAGGAUGGUCAGGUGGCAUGUUUUGCCUCCAACAUGUGUCCCCAAUAGUUGUAUUGUGAACAUCUACGAAGAGGGUGAUUGCAUUCCUCCUCAUAUUGACCAUCAUGACUUUGUUCGCCCUUUUAGCACUGUUUCAUUCUUGUCAGAAUGCAACAUUCUUUUUGGCUCGAGUUUGAAGAUUGUUAGCCCCGGAGAGUUUUCUGGUCCUGUCUCUGUACCUUUGCCAAAAGGGUCUGUGCUUGUUUUACAAGGUAAUGGAGCUGACGUUGCAAAGCAUUGCGUACCAGGUGUUCCAUCUAAAAGAAUCUCUGUUACUUUCAGAAAGAUGGAUGAAAGCAAAUCGCCUUUCAACUACAAGCCCGACCCUGAGCUUCUGAGAAUUCAGCCUUUGGUUCUUCAUCGUUCUCCAGUUAGAGAACCAUCAACUCAUCAAAUGGUUAGUGAGAAUGAAAAAAAGAUGAAGCAUGAUAAACCGGAUUCUCCACCUGCCCAGACAACAAAACAGAACGUUCUUACUGGAAACGAAGAAUUCCCUCCCCUCGGGAGCUUCAGCUCUUCAAGUAAGAACAGAAGUACUAGAAGAGUUAUAUAGUCAUUAGCCAUCGAUGUUUGUGCCAUUACUGUCAGAAUUGCAUCUCUAUUCUUACUUGUUUUGUAACUUCUGUUUGUACCAUUAGUGUCUGAAUUGUAUUUGUAUUCGUACUUUUUCACCUUUAUUUACUGAUUAUUUAGUGUAUUUUUACCCUGUACAAGCAUCUUGCUAUUUUUUGUUGAAAUAAUAUUAUUGAGUCUCAUCAGUCAUACCUGUUAGUGCAAUGUGCUUUCUAUGUUAAGUGUAUACUAUGGAGCAAAUCUGGGUUUUGCUUCCUCAGUGUUUGUCUCAGAAAGUAUCUUUUUUUUUUUUUUUUUUUUUUUUUUUUUUUUUUCCAAACCAUUUAUGUAUUUUUGGACUGGUAAAGUCAAAACUCAAAACCAGUAAGACCAUAUUAUGUUUUGGAUGAAUGAAUAAAGUUGCAGCCUUUAGUACA